GAAGCCUUGUGGCAGAAAAGGGGCGCUCUAUGGGGGGAGGGGGGCCGGUCAACACCACCUAGACAAGAGAGUUCUUUAAGGGUGUUGGACCGGUGCUCUCUUCUUCCUCGAGGUGGAGUGGUCCCGAGGUCGGCUCUGCAAAGAGGCGGCCAAGCCCUUCCUUUUCCCGGAAAAAGUCCAGAAAAGCACGCCAAAAGCUGGAGUCAGUCCUUGGACCCGAUGUGCGAUGGCGGGUCGAGCCACUCCUGCAGGGUGCCAGGUCGGUUCCCGCCCAGGGAGGGUAGUGUCCUUUCUCGGACCGCGUCAAGGCAGAGCAGCUCCAUAGAAGCUUAUGGUUGAGCACGAGCCGACAAAAAAAAAAAAAAAAAAAAAAAUAUCCCGACCGACUAUAGAGGCCAACAGCUUCAUUUAUUGUCCCUUAAGGACCUCUUUCAGGGUGUUACAUAAGGGCUGUAUUACGUUGUAAAACAUCCGGGCUGCUAUAGCGUCGUCCCACCUUUCGUUGUUGCGUUUUUCCCGACCUUAAUUACCAAGCCUUCUCUCGCGGUAAGAGUGAUCGUUUUGCAAUUGAAGAAGAGUAAUUAAUACACCUACAUUCCUCACAAGCGUCCCUUUAAAGCAAAUUUUUAUAGACUUACAAGUGCGUGUGUGCCAAAGCCAAACGUCGGGAGGUCAUUCGUGAUGUCCAUUCAUUCUUGUGUCGCAAUGCGGGCUUGUUACUGUUAUCUCGGAAUAUACUAGGUAUAUACCGAGCACAAGACACGGACACAUGAGAGAACAUGAACAUAGCGCCGUGUCUGUGAGUUGAUGUUCUCUUCUGUGUCGUAGAGUCUUUAAUUAUUGAAUUCUCUAGCGAUACUAGUACAAUUGGCGCACUGUGCGAGUCCUAAUGAGGUCGAUAUUUACGCACAGCACGACGACGAUGAUCUGGAGCUAUUGGAAGCAUCGUGCCGUGGCCAUCAUUGUGAUCCUGUUCAGCAUGGUUGUCCUGGCCGUGGCUUUCUACCUUAUUACCGGUCCAAUGAUUCGCCACCUGACGCAGACGCCGGAAACAACUCUCGUGGUUCUGGCCACUCGGCAAGAUCCGAACUUGGACUCGAAGGAAGGCAUUUUUGCAAAGCCUCGGAUCCAUCGCCGGGUCGCAGCGGAGGACGAUGCCUGCGUGCGAAGCUUCGCCCGCUGCACGUCCACGGCCUACGUUUGCACGCUGACCAGAGGGUGCCAGCCGUGGCAUCCCGAGGAGCACUGCCUGGCAGGUGGCGCCCGCUUCGCCACGAUGGACGAGUGCCGUCAUGCCUGCCAGAAUGGUAUGCACGCGCGUGCUCACCCCUGCACCAGCGUUGGUAACCUUUCGUGA